CCACCUUACCACCACCUUCUCUUCCGUCGUCACCGAGUACCACUACCCUUCAAUUUCGAGGACUUUCGAGUUUUCAGAGGGCUGUAUACCCCUUAUAUCCCGACGAUCAGCCCAGUAUACUCUCGAUGGACGAAAUCAUCCCCGGACUAUGGGUUGGCGAUCUUGCCAGCGCGCUCGACACGGAGAAGCUGCGGGAGAAGGGCAUCGGUAGCGUCGUUAGUGCUAUGCGCGGGCGCGUAUCCAUCCAUCCUACGUUCAUCCGCCACCAAAUCAACCUCGACGACGAAGAGGACGCAGACGUGCUCUCGCACCUCGUACCCGCGGUGUCUUUCAUCCAGGCGGAGCUCGACAAGGGUCGGGGCGUGCUGAUCCAUUGCCAGGCUGGGAUGAGCCGUAGCGCUACGAUCGCCGCGGCGUACUUGAUGUAUGCGCGGAACAUGGACCCCGCCUCCGCGCUCGAGCAUAUCAGAAAAGUACGACCACAAACAAUGCCAAACGAAGGCUUCCUCCGUCAGCUCGAUGUAUUCUACAAAGCUUCCUUCAAAGUCUCGCGGCACGAUAAAAACGUUCGCAUGUUCUACCUUGAACGCGCCGUCGCAGAAAUGAUGAACGGCUACGGCGAAAUCGAAACAGACAUGUUCGCAAAGUAUCCCCCAACCCCCUCCGACAGCGUCCCACCCACACCAGGAGGUCUACACCGCCGCAUCCGCUGCAAGCUCUGCCGCACUGAGCUCGCGCGGCGCGAGCACAUGAUGGACCACGGCCAGCUCGGGCCCGCCACGCCCGCCGUGUCGAUGGGGCUCUCCCCCGCGACCUCCCGCCGCCCGAGCAUGGACCCGCAGCAAAGUAACCUCCCGCGCAGGGGGAGCAACACCGCGAGCGAGCGCAGGCCGUCGGGGUUGGCUGUCCCAAGGCGCCCGUCGGGCCUCGCGAACGACGUGAGCCGCGCAUUUCGCGCAGGGUUCGGCAUGACCGCCGCCACCGCCCCCUCCUCCGAAUCGACCAACGACGUCGCGGGCGCGGAGGGGAUGACGAGGAGCCUAAGCGACUCGCUGAGCAUGACGUCGCUGAGCAUGAGCAGCACCGAGAAGGACGACGCGCCGGCACCGCCUAUACCGUUAUCGAGGCGCGGGAGCUCGUCGGCGGGGCGACCCGCGCUGCCGUUCAUCGAGGAGAAUAAGCCGCUCCCGCCCGCCUCGACGGAUGCGAAGGAACCGGCGGCGAGUGGUGAGGGGACCGGGCAGCGCCCCCCGCCGCUGUCGCAUGGCUCGGACCUCGCCGCGCAGCUGUUUGCGAACCCUAAGCUCGCAGCGCUGCGUUCGGGGAUGGGUAUGACGCCGGUCUCGGGACAAGGGUCGAGCAAGCCUGCUGCGCCCGUCCCUGCGCCGAUUUUGAUCAACCCGAAAUGUUCGGGGUAUUUCUUGGAGCCGAUGAAGUGGAUGGAGCCGUUCCUGGAGCAAGGCCAGUUGGCGGGGAAGAUUGUUUGUCCGAACAAGAAGUGCGGAGCGAAGCUGGGGAACUAUGAUUGGGCAGGGGUGUGCUGCAGCUGUAAAGAGUGGGUUACACCCGGUUUUUGCAUCCACAGGUCGAAAGUCGACGAGGUCGUAUGAUCGAAUCCAAGCGCAAUGUUUUCUCUAUCGUAUGUAUUGUUUCGUCGCAUGGGCGCGCAAAUCAAACUUGUACCGAUACGCACAACGCCAUAUAUCAUUCCUCAUAUUCCUGCAAGACCCGGAUCCAUCACCAUGUG